GUGAGAUGAAGCCUCAUGAGGCAUCGAACCACUUCAGCCAAUUGCUUCGAGAAAGGGUUCAUUUCUCGAAGCUUCAUGUGCUCACGACACCCCCUAGUGGCCAAGUGCAUAAUCACAGGCAGCUGUAUCUGAACCACAUCAUGUGAUGCAUUGAAUGUGUGUGUCGUAUGGCUGUUUGGAAUGACUAUGAAUUACAAAAAUGUAUGACCAAAUCAUUUCUGUACAUAAAUCAUCACAUAUGUGCAUAAUAAAAUAUUGUUUUAAUGUAUUCUGUGUGUGUUAAUGUUCCCAAAAUGGUAGUAUCAUAUGAUAUGGAAGGUUGUGUAAUGUUAUUAUGUCCCUUUAGGAAAAUGGCAUGGGCUUAAGCAGGCAGAGGACAGUGAAAGUGCUCGUGGAACUAGGAAGAGGGGACUGAAUAUGCUUGUGUAACUUGGACAGUGAUGUACAGGACAGGGGACAUUUUAUUCAUUUUUAUUCAGAAAUAACAGUUUCUCAACAGUUCCAUCUUAUCACCUCUCCUUCUCUCCUCACUCUCCAAACUAUCUCUCUCUCUAAACUCUCCAAACACUCAACCAACAACCCACAUGUUGAAUGGAUCCUGAGGGGUUUAUAUUGCUGUCAAACCUCCCGGAAAUAUCUGAACCACUUCCCGAAGCAGUCACGUGGUACAGCCGGGCAGCGAGGCUUCGGACGUCAUCAUUUUUGGCUCCUCCCCUAAACGAAGCAAGCCUCGAUACGCGCUUCGAGGAAACGCCCCCUCCAUUACUCGACACACGCUUCGAAGCGUCGGCACAUCUCGUAACAACACUCGUUAUCAUCAUCUGCGGGAGCAGAGGCGUUCAGGGACUCACCCGGCUGACAGUACAUAACCGGACCUCAGGAGCAGAACCGAGGAUGAGCCCGCUGCACAGACGGCUGAGUCAGCUGCUCGGAGCAUGGAGGAGGAAGAGGAGGGUGGAGGUUUCUCUGCACGUGGCCUCUGGCUUUCACUGCAGGACCUUCUGCUCCACCUCCUCAGGACCAGAAGACCCCCUAGAGGUCCACAAGAAGAAGGUCUUCCUGUGGUUCAGCCACCUCCCUCAGGAGGAGAAGCAGUUCGGCGGGUACUUCAGCCCAGAGACCAUGCAUGUGGAUCCUCUGGUGGUGGAGCGCGGGGCGGAGGAGAGGGCGGGAGUGCUCAGCUCCCCUCUCCAGAACCAGACCCCCUGCAGCCCCUCGGUCACCGUGGAGCAGCUGUUUGAGCCGACCGGCGACGAGGGCCGCGGGCUCAACGUGCUGCUGUACGGCGCCGUGGGCACGGGCAAGAGCACCAUGGUCCGGAAGCUGGUGCUGGAUUGGUGCGCUGGCAGAACCCUGACUCACUUCAAGCUGCUGAUCCCUUUCUCUUGUGAGGACCUCGCACAACUGUCAAAGGGGGCUUCCUUGAGGGACCUGGUGAGCAGGAAGUACCACCACCUGAGAAAACACCCCCUGUUGAGCGGGGAGGGCAACCAGGCCAAGGACGUGCUCUUCGUCUUCAACGGGAUGGAGAAGAUGAAUCUGGAUUUCAGGAUUGGAGCCACGGAGCUCUGCAGCGACCCCGACGAGGCGCUGCCUCCCGGUGUGGUGGUGGUCAACCUGUUGAGGAAAUACCUGCUGCCUGAGGCCAGCAUCUUGGUGACCACCAGACUGUCGGCGCUGGACUGCAUCCCCCAGAAGUACGUGAGUCGCUACGCUCAGAUCUGUGGCUUCCUUGACCCGGACCGCCAGCGCGCCUACUUCAACAGCCGCCUGCUGCAGCAGAGCGGCGAGUCGGCCCGGAGCCGCGAGGCGCAGGCCCUCGUCCAGCUGCUGUACCUCAACCUCCAGAGAGAGAGCCAGCUGGCCGCCGCCUGCUUCCUGCCCUCUUACUGCUGGCUCACGUGCGCCACCUUGCACUUCCUCCAUUUCACCGACGCCAAGGCGCCCAUCCGCACGCUGACCGGCAUUUACACCAGCUUCCUCCGGCUGAACUUCGGCGGCGAGGUGCUGGGCACGGGGAAGGGAAUCGACGCGGCCAUCCAGAAGCAGCACAGCUCCCUGAUGCUGUACGUGGUGCGCACGCUCGGGAAACUGGCGUUCGACGGCGUGACCGGCAAACGCUCGUCGUUCUCGGAGGAGGAGCUGGAGCAGUGGAUCGGGGGCAAGACCAAGACGGACGAGGAGCUCCGGCAGCUCGCCAUGUUCCGCACCGACGUGCUCGACUUCUUCUUGGCUCCCAGCGUGGACGGGUGCGAGCGCGACGGGAGGCGCUACGUGUUCGCCGUCCCGGCCAUGCAGGAGUACCUGGCGGCGCUCUACGUGGUGCUCGGGGAGAACAAAUCGGCCCUGGAGAAGCUGAGCACUCAGGUGUCGGCCGCCAUCGGCCAGGCGAGCGAAGACGUCAACGUCCUCGUCAACAUCCUCUCGAAGUUCAUCCCCCUGCGGAUCUUCGCCGUGUUCAACCUCCUGAAGCUUUUCCCGAAGCUCUUCGAGAAGAUCAGCAGCCGCAACCAGGGCAGCAUCGCCAGAACCAUGGUGGCCGAGAUGUUCCGCACCGAGGACAGCUACAACGAGGACGUCCUGGACCAGGUGGAGCAAAGCCUGCUGGGAGUCCACGGCCCGCACCCCGAGCAGCGCAGCGAGGCCCAGGCGUUCGAGCUCUACCCCAUCUUCAUGGGUGGGCUGUUGCAUUAUGGGAACCGCGUCCUCCUCCAGCAACUCGGGUGCAGCAUUCAGAGCACCACCGUGGCCCAGAUCACGCAGGCCCUGAGGAAGUACCUCGUGAGAGAGCUCAGCAAGCCGCAGCCGCCAGAGGAGCUGAUGGACCUGCUGGUUCUUCUGUACGAGUUCCAGAACCCCAGAGUGACCGCGGAGGUUCUGGCCUCCAUCAGAACCAUCAACCUCCCCAACAUCCGCAUGACGCCGCUCAAGUGCUUCGUCCUGAGCUCGGUGCUCUCGUGCACGCCUGCGAGUUAUCACCUGGAGGGGAUGAACCUGUCCUCCUGCCUGCUGACGCACGACAUGCUGCAGAUGCUGAGGCCGGCCUUCAGGCACACGCGCAACCUCAACCUGCAGUAUAACAGCCUGGGUCCUGAGUCCUGCGUCCUCCUGAGGGAUCUGCUGCUCGACCCCCUGAGCCCCAUCAGAUCUCUACAGCUGUGUGACAACCCUCUGCUGGAGUCCGGAGCCUGCACCCUGCUGGAGGCUUUGCCCGAGAACCAGUCCCUGACGCACCUGUCCCUGAUGCACACGGGUCUGGGGGACCGGGGGGCCCUGGAGCUGGCCGAGAGGCUCCGGCAGCACGCGGGGCUCCUGGAGCUCAACGUGGCCUACAACAACAUCGGGGACAACGCCGCUCUGGCUCUGGUGGACGCCUGCAGGGAGCAUCCCAGCAUUCACACCGUGCACUUGUACCUGAACGCCCUCAGCGACGUGGUGAAGCAGACGCUCUACGCCCGCGGCGUUCCCAAGCGCCAAGGCGGCCGGCGGGUCAAGGUCCUGGCGUCGGUCACCGAGGGCGCCGACAUCUCCGAGGACUGGCACCCCAUCCUCAGCGUCAUCCGGAAGAACGCCUCGUCCUGGGACCGCCAGCGAGUCCAACAGCAGCUCAAGGCGUUCCUCAGGGACCUGGACUGGGGCCGCCAGCAGCAGCAGAGCGUCUGGAAGCGGCUGCACUUCAUGCGGGUGGAGAAGGGCGUUCGCAAGACGCUGAAGAUGCUGGAGAAGGACGCCCCGCCUCCGUCGUCGGGCUUCAACCAAUGAGCUGCAGACGGGGAGGGAGGGAGGCGGGACUUAAUUCAGACACGAUGUUUUAGCACUUUAGCUUCUAAAAAACCUCAAUGGAGAACUCUUAAAUGUUUUUAACCAGAACAAACUGCACAUUGUGACUUUUUAUCUCUUCAGAACCAACAGAAGAAUCAUUUGAUGCAAACAAAGGGAUAUUUAAAAUAAUGCAAUAAAUAAAAUGCUCCUCUGAAAAGUAUUUUUAAAGAAAUAUUAUACAGAGCUUGAAAUGAUAAAUAAAGUAGAGCAUGUACGAUCUGCAUGUUUUGGGAUGUGACGCUGAAUUAUAGUUAAAUCACUUUAUGAUUACAUUUAGGUUUUGUACCCCAAAAAAAGCCAAAACUGUAAAUACCAACAAAUAAACAAAAGUACUUUACUGCGAUGUGUCAUGUGACCAUGAUGACAUCAUGAUGAUGACAUCGUGAUGAUGACAUUGUGACGUGUGACGAUGACAUAAUCUGUUGUGGGUUCACAUUCUUUUGUUUCCUCAGAUGUAAAUAAUCCUGUUGUCCAAAUAAAGACGUGUAACAUUC